AUUAAGUGCAGAAAGGCAACAGCAACAACAACAACAACAACAACAACAACAACAGAGGCAUUUGCGAAACCAAAGCAGCUGCAACUCCCAAAACCACCGGAGAGACCCACUCACUCUUUCUUUGUCUUGCGUUCUUUUCUUUCUUUCUCUCUCUACCAUUUAGUAUUCCAUUCCAUUACAUUGAAAAAAGCUACUCUCUGUCUCCGUCUCUGUCUCUGUCUCUGUCUCUCUCUCUCUCUCUCUCUUUUAUAUCUCUUCCAUUACAAGCAAAACCCAUCACCACCAUAUUCCCACCUCUUCCAUUAACUUUUUUAUUCCUUCAGAUUUCUUCCAAUUUUCCAUUACUUUCUUUCUAACCAAACCAAACCAUGUAAAUUUUUCCCACUUCCAAUUCUUACCCAUAUUUUCUUUUUCUACUUGUUUCUUUUAUUUUAUUUUAUUUAAAAAAAUGGGAAACUGUGUUACCAAGUCAAAGAAAUCAACGGCGGAGAUUGUCCCCCACCAAGACCAAUCAUCCUCCGCUGCCGUCAGAUUCUUCGGAUCCGCAAAACCCAUACCCGAAACCAUCGUUCCAAACCCCGACAGCUCCUCCGCCGUCAGACUCUUCGGAUCCGCAAAACCCACACCCGAAACCAUCAUCCCAAACCCCGACAGCUCCUCUGCCGUCAGACUCUUCGGAUCCGCCUCCGGCAUCAACACGGCCUACGUCCGUCUAACGCUCCUCCACAAAUCCAUCAACCACCGCUUCACCGCCUCCGUCGCCGACACCCCAAUCCUGGAAAUAGGCGGCGAGAGAAUCUCCGGCAACCGGGAUUUCCUCCUCCAGUGCAUCGAGACCAAGUUCCCUCACCCGCCGUUAAAACCAGCAGCAGCAGCAUCUUCCGAUAACACGACGCCGUUGCCGGUGAGAGCGACUGUGCUCCAGCACAAAAGCAUGGUUUGGCAUGUGGAUAGGAUGGUGAGGUGGUCUGAGGAUUUGGCUUCGAGAGGUGGGAAGAAGAAGGGUAAUGGGAUUGUGGGUGUUGAUCCAACGGUUGGGACGCCUCGGAUGGAGGUCAGAAAGUUCGGUAGGAGCUACUCCCAUUUGCUGGAGAUGAUGUUGGAACACGCUCAGAUGGAGGAGAAGAUUCUUUUCCCCAUCUUGGACGUUGAUGAUCCUGCAAUAUGCAAAGCUGCAAAUGAGGAACAUGCAAGGGACCUACCCAUCAUGAAUGGCAUCAAAGAAGACAUCAAAUCCAUUGGAGUUCUGGACCAUGGCAGCCCUUCAUACCACGAGGCGUUUUCCAAUCUGUCGAAACGCCUCAAAUCAUUGCAGGAACAUUGUAAGCAACACUUUGUAGAAGAGGAGAAGCAGUUGUUACCUUUCAUGGAGGCAGCAGAACUUAGCAAAGAGCAACAGCGGAAGCUAUUAGAGCGGUGUAUGAACGUGAUGCAAGGGACACACUCGCAUUUGAUCAACUUUCUUCUCGAAGGACUACUGCCUUCAGAAGCCAUGCAGUACUUGGACUUGAUCUGCAUGUGCAGCAACAAUGAACAGCUGCUCUCCAUGCUUGACAUUUCCAAGUAAGGUAGUUUGUUGGCUGCGAUUAUAUGGAUAUAAGAGGGAUGAGUUAUUGCGUUUUUUUAAAUGUCGAUAUAGGAACCACUGAGUGUUCUCCAUAGUCUCUGGCAUUUACUGAACAGAUUAUAUGGUUUUCACAUUCCUUCACUCUGCUAGUGUGAAAGAGGGAAAGGAAAGGUUCAGAAGAAUGUUACAAACUGGGGAUAGAUAUUGAGAUGUUAUGCAGUGUUGGUAUUUUGGGUAACUGUGAAUACUUGUAGUUGAAGAACCAAGUUGUACCAAAAAUAAGUGUGAUUUGAUUGAUUAAAGGAGACUCUUUUGAGAUUAGUGGGGGAUAAAUUUGAAAGAUUUGGGUUUAUUGCAUCAAAGUAUGUGAGGCUUUUUUUAAUAAAGCUAUUUGUUUGUAAAAUCAAAAGCAGUAUGUAAGUUUCAGGAAUUGAGACUUUUUAUUUCCCCCAACUAUCUUUGUUUAAGGUCAUUUGCCGAUUC